CACACAAAGAUGGCCACCGGUGUUGUGACGCUGCCGAACGAUCUGAUAGAAGAAGAUGCGUCUUCGUUACAGUUUCCAAAAGAGUUUGAGAAUGCGGAGACCUUGCUCAUCUCCGAGGUGUUCAUGUUGCUGGAGCACAGGAAGUCGAACAACGAGAAUGCUGAGGAUGAGCAGGAGCUGUCUGACGUCUUCAUGAAGACCUUCAACUACACAGAGAGAUUCAGCAAGUUCAAGAAUCGUGAGACGAUCGCCGCCGUUAGGAAAUCACUACAGGAGAAGAAGCUUCAUAAGUUUGAGCUAGCAUCCAUAGCAAACCUGUGCCCCGAAAACGCAGAGGAAGCUAAGGCACUUAUUCCCAGCUUGGAAGGGCGUUUUGAAGAUGAUGAACUCCAGCAGAUAUUAGACGACAUCCAAACGAAGAGAAGUUUCCAGUAUUGAUCACAGAUAAAGCUUUCCCACCAUUUGCUAGAUAUAUUGUCCGACUGCUAUCAGAUCGUUUAUUAAUAAUCGUCACCAUUUUCAUCGUCACGAGCGCCAUCCUAUUCUGUCGCUGUUGUUAUCGUCAGUAUCUUUUUGUUGUUUUUGUGACUGUGUCCAAGCGCCUUAAACAAAAGAUAUCUACAUUACGUGCACUUGUCUGCUGUGCCUAUAUCAGCUGUAGGAAAAUUAACGUGUGAUGCACGUAGGGGGGGCAUGAUGAUGCAACAUUAGCUGUCUUUUCCCACAGUGUAAUAGAACAGUCCGCAACAGAUUUGUGGUUUGUAUACCGCGCUUACUACGAUUCUAAUGUAGGGCCUGGUCGUUCGAUUUGUCAUCAUCUCAGACUUUUCUUGAAUUCAUUACUUAUCCAGGUUUUCAAGUAGAUACAUUUGAUUUUUGAAAUGGCACGUGGAGUAAACAAGAUUACAGUAUAUAAAUGAAGUGUAAUUGAUUAUUCUAGUAGUUGCACAUGGAACAUUUCUCGGUAUUGAAUCGAUAGGGACAAGUUGCGUUUCAAGUGUUUUAUUUAAUUGUGGUGUACUUGUAUUGUGUAUUUUGCGAAUAAAGGAGUAUGAAAUUGCAUUUGAAUUUCAAACACA